UUAGGAGGAAAAGCUACUUACACUGUUGAAGAUGCGAUAGACAAACUUGGUUAUGGACCUUUUCAAAUGAAACUUAUGUUCGUUGUCGGCCUGGCUUGGGUAAGCCUGAAAGUUUUACUGAACUACAGCGCAUUCCUUCAGAGGAAUACGUCUCACCACAACCCAAUCAUCAUCAACUGUUAUCAGCAGAAAAAAAGAAUAAAUAUUCUACACAUGCUUUUCUGCAUCCACAUAAGAUAUCACGUUCUAGCGUGGGAGUAAUGUUUAGGACUAAUAAACUCCAAACUGGCGUGUAAGAGACACUUUGAACUGCUUGAACCGAAAGAGACUUUAAAUAUCUUUAACUGCUGUUCAUUAGUCAUUCAAAAAAUGCUUAAAUUCCCUGGGUGCGUUUUCAUAACCAGCUAUGGUCAGCCUGCGUUGAUCAAGUUUGGAAGCUGUUUGCUAUUAUUUUACGAUCGACGGCAACCGUACAAUAACAUAAUAAACAGGGACGCACUGACGACAUUCGAAGGGAACUCUUCUCCAGGUCCCCUAGUUCUCUGAUAUGUCGCCUCCGGAAAAACGAGCAGACCUUGGGUGUUGAAGACUUCUCUCUUGCCGUCGCAAUAUUGAAAAAAAAAACAGAUAACCCCAGAAGCAAGGUUGUGAGGCAAAAAAGACAACCUUAUUCAGCCUCUUCUUCAAUAUCGUUCUCUGAUUUUAACAAGUGUAAGUUUCUCGAUGAUGAGGUUUUUGAACAGCAAAGGACCCUGGGAACCGGGUUGCUGUUUACACCGACGAUCCAGUCACCUUAAAUUACAUUCUCGUUAAACAACACAGGUGUUUGCCUUGUCACUAAUCCAAUCUCUACUUUCCCGUUCGCUUUUCGUUUUAUGUCUGGUCUCGAAAGCAUGAUAUAAAUAAUGUCAAUAAUUAUUUUAAUGCCGUGUCUUGUAUCAAGAAGGGUUGAUCUUUCUUACUUAUUUGCUGUUGCUCAGAUGGCCGACUCCAUGGAAGUGACGAUUUUGGCGAUUGUAUGUCCUGCUAUUCGAUGUGAAUGGCAAUUAGAAACAUGGCAAGAAGCAACUAUAACUACGGUAAGACCUGACUAAAGCCCACAGUAGUAUAGUAAUCUGAGCAUCGGAGGUCUCAGUUCUCUAGCUCAGUCUAUCCUAAGCCUGAUAUUCAGGUUAAGCAUACACGCAGCAAACUAGACCACAUUGAUAUAACUAUUGAACAGAAAAGAACGGUAUAAAAGGAAGGGAAAGAAUGAAAGAAAGACAGGAUUACUUGAAUUAUUAAAGCUUUUGGGUGGUGCUUCUAUUGGUUGAAGCAAAUUUUCAACCAAUCAGAAACACUACUACCCAGAUCUGCGUAGUGACGCAUCAUCAGUAUGGAAUUUCUGCGCUGGUUUCUCAGACGUUAUUUUGCGGGGAAACCAGCAACGGCGUCGCAAAAUGUCGGCUGUUUUCUCAGGUUACUCCAAUUUACUUUAAUAUCUCAGGCUGUAUUCUCAGGGAUGACAAUAAGUACAUGUAUUUGGGGAUAUGUCUCGGAUAACUUUGGACGAAAGAAGGUAAAUUAUCUAUCGAUUAUAUAUCUACUCUGCAUAUUAGUUUGUUGAUCUUAUUUCCCCUUUGAUUUACAUGUUGAAAUUUUGGGUAUUCUGUCAUUUGAUUAUCAUCAAAUUUUCUUAUUCCGUUGAAAAUCUUACCACGUGUAAAUACAGUAGAAUGAGAAAUUCGGUACAUCAAUUUUCAUAACUGUCUCCGUGAUUUAUAGAUCUUUAUAGGAAUUUAAAAAAUCAUGCACCUUGAGUCACAGAGAUGAAUGGUACAUUCCUCUGAUUAAUUCUCUCAAGCCACGGAGCCAAGAUCAUGUGUCAAAAUUGGUCUUAAAAUUGGAUUGACUCUUCAGUGUUACAUCGGAUAGAUCGAUUAUCAAUCAAGUGAAUGUUUUUUGCUUUAUCUAGGAAAUCCUUGCUUGUACUGUGGUGGUUUUUACUGGCGCUGUACUGAGUACAUUUGCGGCAAAUUAUUUCUGGAUCAUGGUGUUUAGUACAGUGGUGGGCUUAGGGAUGGGAGGAGUAGCUCAAUGGUGAGAUAAUACAACUGAGGAAGUGACUGACUGAUUGAUUGACUGCCUGACUGACUGACUGACUGACUGACUGACUGACUGACUGACUGCCUGACUGACCGACAGAAAGGCUGAGGGCUGCCUACCUGCAUUAAAUACAGGCUGGCUUGUUUGUUGGCUACCCGACUGGCUUUCUGGCCGGCUGACCGACUGACAUAUUGGCUGCAGGCUGCCUGCCUGCCUGCCUGCAUUACCGGUAAAUACAGGCUGGCUAGUUUGCUGGCUAACUGUCUGACUGGCUGGCUGACUAGCCUACUAGUUGACAAACUAAAUGAAUGAACUGAAAUGUCUGACUAGCUGACUGAACGACCGACCGACUGAAUGAACAACCGACAGGCGGGCAACAGACUGAAUCGACAGACUCGUUCAUUAGUUUACUUAAUCAUUAUAUCCAGGAAAAAAAAAACAUUUUUUUUCGUUAUCCAAUCAUUCGAAAUAAUACAGUUACGAGAAGCAGAGGGUAUACAGAGCGUCUCAUCUCGGUGAUUUGGUUCUGUGCAAAAAAGCGCAUAGAUAUCUGUUGUUAAGAAUUGAGGCUCCUGACCACUAACAGCAGUCCCCUGCCUUGUUACAUGUACCUUUCAGUAUGAAUCUAUGGGCUGAAUUCCUACCAAGCAGACGACGAGGAGUUAUGCUUAACGCCCUUUCGGUAAGUUUAGUGAUAACAAGUACAACUGGGAUAAAUUAGAUAUGGUGCAUACAGAGUGGGGUAAAUCAGUUUUGGUCUUUUUACCUCACAAUCCUUGCCGGAUCUCGGCUUACCAAACCAUCUGUGUUCAUAUGUUCGCGUGAAUCUCCCACCCUUGUUCAUAUGUUCACAUGAGAUCACUUGACAAUUCGUUGAUGAGACCACUAUCAAAAUCGAAUCAAAACGAUUUAAUUUUUUGUAUAAAAUCAAGGAAUUUUGCUUACUAACAACACUAGUAAGAUUUUGUACUCCGAACUGAUUUCAGGGAUUAGUUGCAUAAAUCUUUACGUCAGAAGUAAGCGCUAACGUCCAGUCAACUCUUUAAUUUAACGUACGCAAGAUGUUAACAGUUACGUAUGACUUAAGGUGUUAUAACCGCCCCCUUCCCCCCCCCCCCCCCCCCCCCCCCCCCCCCCCCCCCCCCCCCCCCCCAACAACCACCACCCAAACACACACACCUUCUUGAUAUAUCAUUAUUUUUAUUUUUUUUUUUUUUCUUGUUUUGUUUUUUAUUGUUUUGUUUCUGUUUGUUUUUUACCCCCCCCCCCCCCCCCACCCACUCCCAUCACAAGAUAAGACGAAAACUAACUGGACAUUGUGAGCACUCUGUAUUAUUCUUUGCAGUUAUCUUGGUCACUUGGGUCCUGUAUAGAGAUUUCCAUUGCACUUGUGGUGAUGCCUACAUUGGGUUGGAGAUGGUUGUUUUUUAUUUCCGCCAUUCCUUUACUUCUUUUCCUUUGUUGUUCUAAGGUGAGAAGUGCAAAAUAUUACUUAAAUUGAACACACUAUUCAGCUAGAGUACAAUGCGCUUAUGAAAGGAGAUCGGUUACUUACAGCACUUGCUUUCGAUCUCCUCCGCCCCCAUUGCACAUGAGUUAAAGGAUAUCAGUCCCAGUUGUUCAAAAGCUGGAUAGCGCUACCCACCGAUUAAAUCACUCCAGUGGAAAAGUAUCAAGAAAACCAAUUGCACCGGCUAUCCAGUGGAUAGAGAUCGAUUUGGUAGACGGAGUUAUUCACCCUUUGAACAACUGGGGCCUCGUCGAUACAUCUACCCAGUAUAAAAGCAACCGGUAACAAUUUCAAAUUUAUACUUUCUUGUAUUCGACCUAGUACGACACAAUGUAUGGCCAGGGCGCCGUUAUACCAACAUUUCAACAGCAAAAGCGUAUUCGUUCUGAUGUUGCUUCAGUACGAAUUUUUCUCAAAAGUCAUCUAGACUAAACUCACAUGAAUGUAUUCAUUUCAUUGCCCAUUUUGUUUGUUCACUUUUACAGUUUGUGCCAGAGUCACCUCGUUUUCUCAUGACCGUAGGUAAGCCAGAGAAAGCUCUGCGUAUUUUGCAAAGAAUAGCGAAAGAGAACAAACAAGAACUUCCUCCAGGAGAACUGGUGGCCACUGAAAAGCACGAGGUAUUUCCGACUUAUCAUGCUCAUUUUCUUUGCUUUGGUAUGUACUGUCUCUAAGCGAAAUUACAUGGCUAUAGACUACUCUUCCCUGUAUGUUCCUUUAUUCCGGCUUCCCUUAUUGUAUCACAUGUUUAUCGCAAGGUCGGUCCGAAAAACACAAGGUAUGAAGUAUCGGACGAGACACUUCCCUCAAUUUCCUUUGCCCCUUUGUAAUCACCGGCUCUGUCGCAACUAGAGGACAUGAGAUACUAUCACGGACUUCAGUCGUCAUCGUCAUUCUCAUCUUCAUCGUUCUCAUCUUUUCAUGCAGUUGUUGUUCUUCACCAUCAUCGACCCGGGUGUUCCUGAUCCGGCCAAAUCAGUGGUGCCACUGAGAUACUUUCAAGCAACUUCUGAGCUCUGAGGCUGAUUGGACAUCGUUAUCUUAUUUCGGCUUUUGAAACGAAAUCACUCUGACACUACUGAAAAAUACAAAAAACCAUCAUUAACUUAUCAAUCCCGUCUGCUUUUUGCUGUUUUUGUCUUCCGUCUACAUCUCCGUUAUGCUCUUUUAAAAUGAAUUUGAUUUUUCGAUUAUCAAACAAUACCAAAGACAAUUAGGUUUAAAAGAUACAUAGUAUUCAAAUACGCUGUUUCAAUUGUUUAUCUAAAAAGGUUCUUUUUCAUUCAUUUGUGACGAUGAUAAGUUUGACGUUUUGAUCUAGCAGAUUGUCGACGUGACUUUAUCAGCAGAAAAGAAAAACAGGCCAGUUGUUAGCUCGGUCGUGUUCAGUUACUUUCUUUUAGUAAACUAACUUUAAAAAAACUAGGACUUAAUGAGUAUUUCUAAAAAUAACGUUGGUCAUUUGUACCAUACAUUGUUAGGUUCAACUAGGCAGGAUAGCAGAUCUAUUUUCUCCAGAAUUCCGAAGAACUACUAUUUUGCUAUGGAUCAUUUGGUGAGCCCUUAGUUUACAACGACUUUUAAGCAUAAUACCCCAAAAAGAUAGCGAUUAAAGAAUAGCUAAUCAGAGCCAUGACUGUCCUCUACGCAGGUUCAGUAGUCAUUUUGUAAUCUAUGGAAUAGCGCUUAUAACGACAGAGAUGUUUUCAAGAGUUGACCCUUGUAGAGGUAAGUAUCCACGAUUCGCAACAUGAUGUACAAUUGUUAGUAGCUUCUUAUCGCCUCCCGCCCGCCAUGGACAUGAAAUUCCCAAAAUGUGGUGGAAACUGCAGUGAUGAUACCGGAUUUUUUUGAUUCCAGACAAUUCUACAACUUAGGAUGAGCAAUAGAUGCAAAUACCUUUCAACCAUUCCCUCACUUUAAUUAAAGAGCGCUGUUUAAUUCAACAGCAGUGAUUUUCAGAUAAAAUCGUCAAAUAUUAUUCUUUUGCCGAAAAUUGAAGCUAAGUUUUCACGUAAGACUUCACUCAUUCGAGAUGUUCAAGGGCAAUAAAUCGACAACUGAACACGAUCUUCGUACUUCUGUUCUUUUUCUGGAACACAGUCUCUCGUGAAUGGGUCUUUGUGAGGGGCGCAUCCAGGAAAAUUGAGAAAGAGGCCGGGACCGGUAGCAGACUUGUCAGCAUUAUAAAUAAUGCCUACUAACCGGUUAAAGAACUCUGAGAGCUUUUGUGAACAAAAAUAAGACUCUAAAAGACAGAUCAGUUUAGGGAGAUUUGUUUAAGAUUAGAUAAUAAUUUGGGACCGCAUUCCCCGCCCUUGACUCAUAGAAAACUAGCCCAUGCCUAUUCUUUACCGCUUUUAUGCAUUUAUGACAUUACAAAUUUCAAGCAAAGUUGCAACAGCAGUAAAUUUGGCAGAUCGACGCCUCUCCGAUUGAUGCCUUUAGCUAAAGCUUGGUUGUAAUACUGUAUUUUUCAGGUAUCAAUCCUGGUGGGGUCGAUUCUCCAAGCGAUAAAGAUGACUUACCACAAGGGUCCAGUCCUUGUAAACAGUUAGAUUAUGAAGACUAUGCGAAUUACUUGAUUGUUAUGUCUGGCGAUCUCUUAGGUAAUGACUUUUUUCCACCUGUUUUGAACAAAGUAGUGCAUGAUAGUCCGGGCUCAGAUAAAGAGUUUUCCACAAAGUUAUCUACUGUCUCAUGGUUCCAGAUGUUUUCAUCUUCAAUUACAAGGUCAUAGAUCAAAAGAACUAUUCCCUCCAAAAGUUUUGGAAGAAUUUCCUUGUUGUAAUAAAAAGAAUUAGGUUUUUCACAUUUCUCUUUGUUCUAUAACUCUGAGGUUUCUAUUUCUUUCUUUUUCCUCGUCCCACUCUUAAACUUGUCUCAAAGACAAAAGCAUUAUGUGUAUCCACGGGUGAAACUCAAACUCGACUGGCUCAUUUUACGGGUGGUUUUGUUCACAGUUUUUGAUUCACGCGUCUCCGGCACUGGCCACGAGUGGCGCGAAUCCUGCCGCACUCUGAUCCCCCAGCUAGGCAGUCUAGACAAAGACCAAAUCUGUCUCUCCUCAAUAAUAAAACCCAAGAGUGACUGAGUGCCGCAGAUGCCAAUCGCGCGAAAUCACUAGAGAUACAGUACUCAUUCAGUCUCAGGGGAAUAAUCUGGGCUUAACUUGAUGUAUUUUAUAGUUAUUCUAACUAGACUGAUUAUAUUUUUUUUCCCUCAGGAUUAGUGUUUAUAUUUUUCAUGGUGGACAAAAUAGGUAGAAAAAUGGUUCAACUUGUAGCCUUCGUAGGGAGCGCUGUUUUUCUAACAGCCUUGUUUAUUUGCACCAGAAGGUGAGUCAGUUUUAAUUCUGUUUUAUCGUGGGUUUCCUUUCUCGCCACGAACCAGAGAGAACUGCGUGGAAUAUUUAAGAUAAAAAAAAUGCAACAGACUUCUUCUGUUUUUAUAUCAUGACAGGAGAACACGUCAGAGUUGUAAAAACGAUCAAGAAGAGAAAGAAAUUUAUGAAAUGUUUGCAAUAAGCCUGAAACUACCUCACAGUUGAAUUCAAACCUGUUUCACUGAACCCGAAGUGGUGGCGAGGAUUUUUACAGUGCAUUAGGCAUUAGUCGAGUAUUCAUCAUGGGCAAUUACCCUUAUCCGAUUUGUAUAACUCUUCCAUGUAAUAUGCGCCAAGUCCUUUCUUGCGUUCUUAUAUGACCGAGAAGAAGUCGUGGUGAAAAAAAAAACGCUUAAAAGAAAGAGGCCAAUAUCCUGCCAUCUGAGACCAAACAAGCUAACAAUAAAUGAUUCAUUAUAUGCACAAAAAGACCACUUUUUCUUGCCAGACCAAAGCGACCAAUCAAAACACAGAAUUCGCUCCAACAUGCUGCUGGAAAAUUCUGCCGUAUAUUUACUAAAUUAGACUCAAACAAAAGGCUGGAUUAUUAAGCAAAGUAGCUCAGUGCCAUUCCCCGAAGCAGCAGAGGAACACUCACUGUUCGCGGCUUCGCAUUUUGCACACUCGCAUAUCACGUGCUCUCACGGAUUUUCGAGCGACGUAAAAGAGAGGACGCACCGCACUGUUCUCUCUUUUACGUUGCUCGAAAAUCCGUGAGAGCACGUGAUAUGCGAGUGUGCCAGCUGCGAAGCCGCGAGCAGUGAGUUUUUCGGGCCCCAGUAAGAGAUCGUACAGUUGCAGUAGCCAUUCACUGACCAGCUGACAGUACCUGAAAUUGUUUUUCUUCACAAUUUUUCAUUAGCCGUUUAUCGACUACUAUGUUUUUAUAUGGAGCUCGUCUCUUCAUAAGCAUAGCUGAUAUGUGCGGCUAUGUAUACACCCCGGAGGUGUAUCCCACGAGCAUGCGCGGAAUCGGCUUGGGAGCGUGCUCCGGUGCAGCGAGGAUAGGAUGUAUGAUAACCCCUUUUGUUGCCAUGGUGAGUAGAACAAUUAGAUAAUAAAAUUUUCUGCUCAUGGAAAAAAAGGAAACGUCAUUUCGUAAAGUACUGAUGAAAAACAUGGUAUAUUAUGAGUAUAACAUUGUGUUUCAUCAUGACUCGCUCAAGAGACCAUAAAAUUUAAGUAUUCCACUUCCAAUUUCCUCCUUUAUCUUGUCUUUUCUCGCCAAGUAUUUUAUCCGACGUGAACAGUGCUCAAAUCACCAUUUUUUUAUCACGUUGUUUUCACAGGUUCUCAUGCCACAAUCAAUCCUGUUAUCACUUAGUUUGUACAGCGGUUUUUCCAUUCUGGGCAUAGUCACUGUCUUUCUACUCCCCAUUGAAACUAAAGGACGAGCAUUACAAGUAAGAAAGAUUAUAACUGGUCACUACGUGUCGUAUGUUCUAACUACUCGGGCUAGACUACAAAAAAGUGCAAGGUUGCGCUCAAACCACCCGGGGGUACUAAGUUAUCCUGAAAUAAAUGGAAUCAUUUUUAUAUAUCCCUACUUAUACCUGGUACACAAGUGGGGGUCAAGGCUACAUUCUAGUAACGCUAUUGAAAAUGCACACGAUAGUCAAUCCCGUCCUGAAAAUGCGACUCCAUCCCACGGCAUAUCCCAUUAGCCUAUCAAGAGGAAGUAACCUCCGCGGGAAACCGAAGACGGCGUCGACUUCGUCUCCCACUACGAAGAGUUCUAUCAAUCUUCACCCAGAAUUGAGGAAGACCAAACAGUCGCCCCAUGUAAGAGAAUCCGAGAUAGUCUUGGAUUCUGGAUUCCACGCCGCGGAUUCCGGAUCCCUUCCAGUCACUAGGUUCCAGAUUCUUGUCAGUGGAACUUGGAUUCCGGAUUCCUUGAUUCCUCCCCCACCCCACCCCCCCCUUCCCCCGGAGUGUGAACAUACCCUAAGCAGCGUGAUGUUAUAUUUUCAUUACGACCAUGGCCGGGAAUCUUUUUGCUUGAAUAUCUGUCCAAGAAAGUUGGUAUAAGGUUAUUUGGGAAAAAAAUUAUAAUAAACGUGAGGGUGCAUUCUAAAUUUUUUUCCGCCUCUUACUUCCAUUGCAGGAUUAUUGACAAGCACUGUUCCCACAAAAUAAAGUAGUAUGCCUCUAGUGUGAAGUCACGAAAGCCGACUCCUCUUCUUCCACUCUUCCAUUAGAAACCGACCGAUUAUCUAUCGCAGCUGAGACACAAUGGGCUCAUUUUUCGGCGACAUUCUUCAAACAACAUAUUUUUUUUUAUAGCUCUGAGGAGGUAUAAGUUUAAAGAAUUUAAGAACUUCUCUUUUUCAAGACCUAGAUUUCAUGAACUACAGUCUCCGUUCUCUUUCAGUCCGGCAGACUUAGUAUUACUCAGUUUCUUCUGGACCUGGAACGAUUAUGAUGAGAUAGAACGCAUUGAAGUAAGGGAAGCCCGGAACUAAAAUCGCAGAGCAAUCCCAUUAUGUCCUUCAACCCCUUUUAAAAGGCCUUAUGAUUUUUCCCAGGCAGUUAGAACUUUUAAUCGCCAAUAGCUUGACAAUGGAAGUGACUCUGUUAUUCAAGCAUCAAAUUUCUUCUCUAUGACUCUAUCUUCCUGUCCAAAAAAUUUAUUCCAUUUUUGCCGCCAACAUUCGACACUCGCACUUCCUGGGCUUUCAAUUUUCUUCCUUUACCCAUGAAAGUGUGUCGAGCCUUAAGCUACUCCCAAAUAUGACCAUUUAUCUGUUUAUUUGAAUUGGAUUGUUUUAUAUAUUUCAAGACCUUCCGGUAAUUAAUGCAGGAAACUACACUAAUCUGUUAAAUGGAGGAGUAGAUUUCACUAAUUAAGCCUAAUUUCCGCAAUCUUCGUUUCCAUCUUUUUCAGGUGAAAAAGAUAGUGUACAAUUAGGGAAUUUUAAAAAAGUAUAUUUAUUCAAAGUGUGCUGAAACAAAUCAAAGCAAUCAGAUCUUCCUCGGCACCUUGGCACUCUGUUUUGAUUUGUGGAUCGUUGUGAGAUGGCUAAUAAAAUCCGUGGUGUGCCCUAAAAAGGCCAGGAUGUUGGUUCGUCUUAAAUAAAAAUAUCUUUUUUCUCGUUUUUGUUGCAAUUAAAAAGAGCCUGUACGGAUAACUCGCUAGUUACAUAACAGUUGUUUGCAUUUUCAUACAAAUAUUAUUAUGCAAAUAUUACACAGUUCUUAUAUUUACUUUUGCUCCGUGGCAAAACUUCUUUGUCUUAAUACAAUUUAAUUUUGUAUCAGUGAAGUUAUUCGGUGUCACUUGUAACUUCAAUUUCAAUUUCCAGUUGUGGAAAUGGAAAAGAAAAUUACACAUAAUUGACUGAUCUACAUUUAUGUACUCUAUAACAUCAAAAAGGGGAACAAGAACUACUAGUCCAUGGUGCUCUCUAAACAGCUGAACUAUAAGAUACCGUCGUGGAAGCUAAAGCUAUUACACUACAAUAGACUUAUUUGACAAACAUCAUGCAUCCUGCAUAUGCAUAUAUCUGCUUACACAUAUAUAAUUCCCAACACUUGUAGUAUUAUAUUUCAUCUCAAGAACAUAAUGAUUCAUUUUAAAAUACUGCUCCAUUAGCACUUGUCUCAGAACAAUACUUUUUCCCAGAUCUAGCAGCUUAUUCUUUAACGUUGUCGUAAAUCUGAAGAUCAAUCAUGAAACUUUGGAUUUUCGUGUUCUUGAUUCCGUUCAUCUCCUGCCGAAGGCUCGCAGAUGGUGAGUACUUCUUAUGAGAGAAUUCUCUCUGCAUUAUUGGUUUGUUUUGUGCUUUUAAGUUAAAUUUGGAAAAGCGGGUAACUUCACUGCCUCUUGUUUUCGAUCCUAAACUUAACAUGGCAUAAUGAAAUUUAGCUGGUGAGUUAACGAUAUGGCACCAAAAGCAGUAGGCACAUGCAACGUAAAGAGGUGUGUAGUAGCUGUUCUGUCAGUAAUAAGUUACGAUUCUGAAUCUGAUUCGGAAACCAAGCCUAAAUAACAGGCGUUUUUACUGGUAGCCGGAGAAACUAGCAUGCAAUUUAGUCAGUGAUACAGUCACACACUGUACAGGUUCUAAAUUGCGUACCAAGGAAUUGUUUAAGAUUAGAGCCCCCAUGGAGUAAACAUUUCUAAUGUUGAUUAGCCCAGUUCUAAACCACAUAACCAUGAUGCAGAGAUGACAGCGGUCUGGGCUUUGCAUACUGGAACUUUCUUUGGGGUUAACACUUUACCCCCAUUUGCUCACUAUUUGUUCACUGAGUCAUUAUAUGAUGCCUUGUCAUCCAGGUAUUUGAGUUUUCCUCUAUGACCUCUAUCCUUCAUUUAUUUCACAUUUUAGAGCCAGUCGAGCCCACUGAACCGACAGAAGCGCCUACUACUGAGGAACCUAUCCCUGAAGGUAAAUCAUCAAAAUGAGGGUCUCUUAUUUUUACCUUCAACCGUCAAACAUACAGAUUAAUAUUAGUUUCAAAACUUUCGAGGUGUUUUGUGGUAACGUUGCUAGCUAGGAUUUCCUCUUGGAAGUUUGAAAUGCUUACAUCAUGGACUCUAUUACAAGACCAGGAAAGAGCACUCCUUAUUUCCGUACAACAAAAAUGUGCUUGAAACUUGAAUAUAACCGGCUUGUUCUCUGUACUUCAGAAGAGCAUUUGUUUGUCGCUAGAGCCUUUAGAAGAAGCGAAAAGAAAGCGCGCGGGGGACGAUGGGAACGGAAAGGGAGGAGUGAGGUCUCUACCGGGGUUGAUUCCCUGUGCGCUCAUCAUUUCGUAUAGUUGCCUCUUAUUAUUUCAAGUGGGAGCCUCUGAGGAGGAGAGAGAUGAAUGGACAAUCGUCUUCAUUAAGGCAGGUACAAAAAGUAUAUCUGCCCACAGCCGAAUGACGAAACGCACUUUUUUUUCCUGUUAGGAGUAACAUUCAGGCCUGUCGGAUGCUUCAAAGACGGACGUAAUCGAGCUAUGCCGCAACUUCUGAAAAAUUUUCGAACGAUUCCCGGCGGCAUCGACUGGUUCGACUUGUCGAAAGUUGUAAGGAAGUGUGCGGAGGAAGCUAUGAACCGACGUAAGUCUCAAUGAUUUUUUGUUGUAAUUAUUAAUGACUUUUAUUAAUUUUUUCACACUUAAAUGGUGACUACAAUACAGAAACACUGCAAAAAGUUAACAAAUUACUUUAAAAACGCCACAAAACACAAAGUAUCCAGAGUGCGUCACAGUAAACCGCCAAAUUUCAACUUUAAGUAAAUAACUACGGCAUUUCUCGCUCACUUGCUUUCGCUGUUAGUAAGUCGUAAGAAACUCUUUUAGAGAAGCAAGCCGGAUGUUAUUUUUCUCUCUUAUGAUCAAGGAUUAAUCAGUGGCGAGGAGUUUUUGUUGCUGUAUGAUUCUUACAAGCCUCAAAACCUAGAUUUGCCGUACGACUUGACGCAGUAUUAGACCUCGGUUGAGGAUAAGAUUUUAAACUGAGAAGAGAGAUCAUAAUAGGACCUGUCCUAUUAUGGCUCUUGACUGAGGAUAGGCAGGAAAGACGUAAUUACUGGAAAACCGGAAGCUUCCAAUAUUUUCUUGAUAGAGUGUAAAAAAAAUCUAUGAUAGGUUUUAAAACCAGUGAUUGUGAAAAAGGACAAAAAAAGGAGAAACACACGUAGUAGCGACUGCGCCACAAGGCAGGUCUUCACUUUGUAGGAUUUAGCACUAAUACGAAAGGUCAUUUCCAAGCAUGCGCAAUUCGCAGCCGUAGUAGGAGUCGCCGUAGUGAUUUGCUUAAAGUCCCUAUUAAUCCGCCUUGCAGCGGAAAAAAGAGACAUGUCCGGCACUGUCACAAAUACAUCUGGUACUAUAGAAAACUGUCAAAGACCCUGGUUAUAAAGUUUAUUUUGUUGACUAAAACUAUUUCAGGACAACAGUAUUUUGGGAUUCAGUAUUGGGGCGAGUGCUGGGGAGGCGAGGAUGCUGACGAGACCUAUAACAUGUACGGCUCGGAUCCUCUGGGUUGCUAUGACAACUUGGUAGGAAUGGAAUGGCACAACAUGGUCUACAAAUUUGAAAGUAAGUACAAAAAAACCCUGAGAAUAGAACGGCACUGAUUUAGUUGUGUCUUUUCCAAACGUAUUUUCCUUUCCUACAGAUCUGAAAGAAAAGGUACGCUUAUCUGAUAAGUGUGAAAAACAGAAUAUGCAAUGUACGCUAGAAAAAAGAAAAUAUUCAGCCGUUUUCUCUAACUGGCCACGUGGACAACUGUUAGUCAUAUUCAUGACUGAGGUCCCGUUCCAUGAGUUUUCGAAUUCUUGCUCCAGGUCUUUCGAGAUCUAUGAAGCACACUCACAGGCUCUGUUUUCUAUUUUUCUAAUGAGUAUACCUUUUUUUAUUGCUUUUCAGUACCUGAGUGAGCCGCUCCGAUAACUGGAAAUUUUGAUGAGGCCAGGGGCGUUGUUUUUUGUCAUGCAUAUUUGCUGAUCAAACGCCAACAACAUAAAAGAAACUUGUACAACUACAAUUGCAUGUAGGUUAUUAGCAAACAUUAAAACAAGGAAAAAUAAGGCGUCUGUGAAUUUUUUGAAAAAAUAAAAAAAAAACUGCCGUAGUGAUGGUUAGAAUUAAUAAGGCGCAUUCAGGGGUGGUCCAAAAGGGACGCGGACUCACCUUUUUCUGUGAAAUGUUGUAUUAUCUUUAAAGAAUUCCCAGGAAAAUAAGUAUUUUUUAUAUAGCUGGGAAGUGUCAAGGCCCCACAAUUUCUUAAUUUUCUGGAUCCGCUCCUGGUUGUCCUGUUCUUGCAGUUCCUACCACAGUGAGUCAACAUCUCUCUAAGACGGAAGCCUUUGGAAUCGGCACUAAGUGUCCGUCUUAG